CUGUACCAUUCGCGCUCACAGGCAGCACCCAUGCAUGGCUGGCAAAGCCGUGAGUGGGCCAUGAGGACCGUAAGAUGAAACAGAACAGGAAAUACCAAUUUGCACCAAAGAAAAAUGGACUUUCUGGACGAGACCAGCCAGUAGAGCUGCUGAAUCCUACCCGCGUGAACCACAUGCCCAGCACAGUGGACGUGGCCACAGCACUGCCUUUGCAAGUGGCCCCUGCAGCAGUGCCCAUGGACCUGCGCCUGGAUCACCAGUUCUCGCUGCCUGUGGCGGAGCCAGCGCUGCGAGAGCAGCAGCUGCAGCAGGAGCUUCUGGCGCUGAAACAGAAGCAGCAGAUCCAGCGGCAGAUCCUCAUUGCUGAGUUCCAGCGGCAACAUGAGCAGCUGUCACGGCAGCACGAGGCUCAACUGCAUGAGCACAUCAAGCAGCAGCAGGAGAUGCUGGCCAUGAAGCACCAGCAGGAGCUGCUAGAGCACCAGCGCAAACUGGAGCGGCACCGCCAGGAGCAGGAGCUGGAGAAGCAGCACCGUGAGCAGAAGCUACAGCAGCUCAAGAACAAGGAGAAGGGCAAAGAGAGUGCAGUGGCCAGCACAGAGGUGAAGAUGAAGCUGCAGGAGUUUGUCCUCAACAAGAAGAAGGCACUGGCCCACCGGAACCUAAACCACUGCAUUUCCAGCGACCCCCGCUACUGGUAUGGGAAGACACAGCACAGCUCCCUGGACCAGAGCUCGCCUCCCCAAAGUGGGGUGUCAGCCUCCUAUAACCAUCCAGUUCUGGGGAUGUAUGAUGCCAAAGAUGACUUCCCUCUUAGGAAAACAGCUUCUGAGCCCAACCUGAAAUUGCGGUCCAGGCUUAAGCAGAAAGUGGCUGAGAGACGGAGUAGCCCCCUGUUGCGCAGGAAGGAUGGGCCUGUGGUCACUGCUCUAAAAAAGCGUCCCCUGGAUGUUGCAGACUCUGCAUGCAGCAGCGCACCAGGCUCCGGACCCAGCUCACCCAACAGCAGCUCCGGCAAUGUCAGCACCGAAAAUGGCAUUGCGCCCACAGUGCCCAGCAUCCCAGCUGAGACCAGCUUGGCGCAUAGACUUGUGACUCGAGAAGGCUCAGUUGCCCCACUUCCUCUCUACACGUCACCAUCCUUGCCCAAUAUCACCUUAGGACUUCCUGCCACUGGUCCUUCUGCUGGUGCAGCAGGCCAGCAGGAUGCCGAAAGACUUGCUCUCCCAACCCUCCAGCAACGGAUCUCCCUGUUCCCUGGCACCCACCUCACCCCAUACCUGAGCACCUCGCCCCUAGAGCGGGAUGGCGGGGCAGCUCACAACCCACUGUUGCAGCACAUGGUCCUUCUGGAACAGCCACCUACACAGACACCCCUCGUCACAGGCCUGGGGGCACUGCCCCUCCACGCACAGUCGUUGGUCGGUGCAGACCGUGUGUCCCCAUCCAUCCACAAGCUGCGGCAGCAUCGCCCACUGGGCCGCACACAGUCAGCACUGCCACAGAAUGCACAGGCCCUGCAGCACCUGGUCAUCCAGCAGCAGCACCAGCAGUUCCUGGAGAAGCACAAGCAGCAGUUCCAGCAGCAGCAGCUACACCUCAGCAAGAUUAUCCCCAAACCUAGUGAGCCAGCCCGGCAGCCUGAGAGCCACCCCGAAGAGACAGAGGAGGAGCUCCGUGAGCACCAGGCCCUGCUGGACGAGCCCUUCCUGGACCGGCUCCCAGGGCAGAAGGAGGUUCAUACACUUGCUGGUGUCCAGGUGAAGCAGGAGCCCAUUGAGAGUGACGAGGAGGAGGCAGAGCCUGUGCGAGAAGCAGAGCCAGGCCAGCGUCCGCCCACAGAGCAGGAACUGCUCUUCAGACAGCAAGCCCUCUUGCUGGAGCAGCAGCGGAUCCACCAGCUGAGGAACUUCCAGGCAUCCAUGGAGGCUGCGGGCAUCCCUGUGUCAUUCGGUGGCCACAGGCCUCUGUCUCGGGCACAGUCAUCCCCAGCAUCCGCCACGUUCCCCAUGUCGGUUCAGGAACCCCCCACCAAGCCAAGGUUCACCACAGGCCUUGUGUACGACACACUGAUGCUGAAGCACCAGUGCACCUGUGGGAACACCAACAGCCACCCUGAGCACGCUGGGAGAAUCCAGAGCAUCUGGUCCCGCCUGCAGGAGACUGGCCUCCGUGGCAAGUGCGAGUGCAUCCGCGGACGGAAGGCCACGCUGGAGGAGCUGCAGACAGUACACUCGGAAGCUCACACACUCCUCUAUGGCACAAACCCCCUCAAUAGGCAGAAACUGGACAGCUCACUGACUUCGGUGUUUGUCAGGCUUCCUUGUGGUGGUGUUGGGGUGGACAGCGACACCAUAUGGAACGAGGUGCACUCAUCAGGGGCAGCCCGCCUAGCCGUGGGCUGCGUGGUGGAGCUGGUCUUUAAGGUGGCCACAGGGGAGCUGAAGAAUGGCUUUGCAGUGGUCCGCCCCCCAGGACACCACGCUGAGGAGAGCACCCCCAUGGGGUUUUGCUACUUCAAUUCUGUGGCGGUUGCAGCCAAGCUUCUCCAGCAGAGGCUGAACGUGAGCAAGAUUCUCAUUGUGGACUGGGAUGUACAUCAUGGGAAUGGGACCCAGCAGGCUUUCUACAGUGACCCCAAUGUCCUUUACAUGUCCCUGCAUCGCUACGACGACGGGAACUUCUUCCCAGGCAGUGGGGCACCUGAUGAGGUGGGCACAGGUCCAGGCGUGGGCUUCAAUGUCAACAUGGCUUUCACAGGUGGCCUCGACCCCCCCAUGGGAGACACUGAGUACUUGGCAGCCUUCAGAAUGGUAGUCAUGCCAAUCGCCAAUGAGUUUGCCCCAGACAUGGUGCUGGUGUCGUCAGGCUUUGAUGCUGUGGAGGGCCACCCCACACCCCUUGGAGGGUACAACCUGUCUGCCAAAUGUUUUGGGUACCUGACAAAGCAACUGAUGGGCCUGGCUGGCGGCCGGAUUGUGCUGGCUCUUGAGGGAGGUCACGACCUGACAGCCAUCUGUGAUGCCUCCGAAGCAUGCGUUUCUGCUCUGCUGGGAAACGAGCUUGAGCCUCUGCCAGAAAAGGUUUUACAGCAAAGACCCAAUGCCAAUGCUGUCCGCUCCAUGGAAAAAGUCAUGGAAAUCCACAGCAAGUACUGGCGCUGCCUGCAGCGCUUGUCCUCCACAGUGGGGCAUUCUCUGAUCGAGGCGCAGAAGUGUGAGAAUGAGGAAGCUGAGACAGUCACCGCCAUGGCCUCGCUGUCAGUGGGCGUGAAGCCCGCCGAGAAGAGGCCAGACGAGGAGCCCAUGGAAGAAGAACCACCACUGUAGCACCCCUCGAAGCUGCUGUUCUCUCAUUUGUUUGUCUGUCUUGAAGCUCAGCCAAGAAACUUUCCCGUGUCACUCCUGCGUCCUGCCAUGGUGCUCUCUGAGCAGGAAGGGACGCCAGGUAGGCAGCAGCAACGGGAGGCCUUUCCGCUGCCCCAGACCACAGUCUGGAGACGCACAUGCACAGCGGGCGUGGCAGAUCAUACAGAACACGGACAGCGUGCGACAAGCGGACGCACGGACACGUGGAAGCCAAGCACACACUGGCGGUUCCCCCAGGGAAGCGCAAAGGAAGAAGCCUGUGGCAGCUUGAGCAGAGUUGCCGAAGUCAGUUGACGUGAGGAAAAGAAAAUGAAAAUCAAAGAUCUAAUAAUACAAAAUGAACUUGAUUAAAACUGGUGCUUAAAGUUUGAUUCUUACCCACAAUUCCACAGUCUCCGUGUAAACCACUCAUCUUGUAGCUUAUUUUUUUUAAACAAAGUUUUCUAUGGCUCUGGCCUGCCUUGUGACCCAUAGCGGUGUGCCAUGGGGGUUUGCAGCCGGGUUGGGGACAGAGUUGGAUGAACCUUUAAAGAAAAAACUGGACAAACAGAAAUGUGAGCCUGGAAGUCAGCUUGAGCUUCUCAAAGCCAUCGGAGAUGCGAGUUCGUGCCUUUUUCUAUUGCUCUGAUGGAUGUUUGUGGCUCAGUUUUCUAAAGUCUGAGGAACAAUGCCUUAAGAAAAAAUAAACAGGAAGUGGUGGGACAGUUUCCUGUGGCUCGUGGAGCCUGGUGGUGCUGGCCCUGGUGCUCCAAGGACGGGUGCCAGCUGCCGUCCUGGGGAGGCCAGAGUCCAGCAGGCUUUGUUUGGCUUUAUUGCUGUUUAAGGAAAGCGGAGGGAGUUCCAAAAAAGCAGCAAACACUGUUGGGGGUUUUGAAGUCCGGCAAGUUUUACAUGAAUCCAAAGUGUUCUUUUCUCAUACGUCACACAGCAACCGAGCGUCUCCAUUUGGUCGUGAAGCAUGCCGUAGGCACACUACAGUGUUACGAUCGGAAUGCUUUUUAUGAAAAGCAAGCAGCAUGAAGCACUGCUUAAGUUUUAGGUAUAAAUAAAUAUAUAUGUGUAUAAUAUAUAUUCCAAUGUAUUCCCAGCUAAGAAACUUGAUUCU